AUGGGGGUCGGUGGGUGGACAGCGCCCCCGCGAGCCAGGUGCGAUGAUGCAUGCGCCCCUCUUACUGAGACGUCUGGAAGCUGGGAGAAGGUCGGCCCGUUACCGCCGACUGGGGUUCUCCUGGAGCCCUCCCCACAUCUGGGGCGUCUGCGGGCCCGGGGUCACCGCAUGGCGAAGGCCCUGGGGGACCCUUCCCUGGAGGAGGCUUUGGGGGACACUGCCCUAGAGGAGGCUCUGGGGCACUAUCAACGGAGUCUCCGGGAACGUGCCAACAGAAGCAUUCACCAACUGAAAUGUGCCCUCCAGGAAAAUGAUAUCAUAGUUGGGGAGGAUGAAUUUGAACAUGAAGAGUCCUAUAGGGAAAGUGUAACUGAGGAGAGUGGGACUACUUGGCAAGAAUUACAUCAUAGCCAUGCAGUUACUCAACUUAAAGCCUUGUUAAACCAGCAGAGCAGCAAAGAAAAUGAAUUAUCCCAACCAAGAAGGAAAAAAAUAUUGCCUUUGAAAACAUCAGAAGAUGCGAAUAGCAGUUUUCCUGCCGUGUUUGAUCUUGUUCCCAUCAUUAAUGAUCAGUCGCAAUACAUUCAUCAUUUAGAGGCAGAAGUGAAGUUUUGUAAGGAAGAACUAUCUGGAAUGAAACAAAGAAUACAAAUGGUUGUAGUUGAAAAUGAAAAGCUUCAGGAAGAUUUGAAAUCCAGACAAUCAGAACAAAGAGUAGAGCAAAUCUUUAUUGAUUCCUCUGUAGGAGAUCGAAGCAUCAGGAAGUGGGAGAAUAACCAUGAGGCAAGAGGCUGUGAGCUGACAUCACGGGAACCAGAGCCAGCAGGGUGGACCUCUUAUCGAUUUAGGGGAACAGAGUCUUUAUCACCAGACUUCGCACAAGCUGAACCCCGCUCAGGACCAGAGCCUCAGAAAAAAGACUUCUUGUCGCCAGGACCUCGUCCAGGAGUAGGGUCUCUGACACUAGACCCAACCAGAAGCCCAGCACAUGCUCUAUUUGCAGGAAAUCAUCUGAUUAAGCAUCAUCCCCUGCCACCUUGGGAUGAGGCACAUGAACUGGCGCUGAAUGGAAAUCCUCAAAAUUCUUGGAUUGCGCCAGUUGAUUUUAGAAAGUGUCAAGAUAGCAAGUUGGUUGUUACUCCAAAUGCUCUAGAACAAGUCAAAUCAACCACUUCUGACCUGGAAAAAUGGCAACUAGAACUUGAAAGGUUGAAACUUAUUUAUGAAGAAAAGAAUGAUGUGUUAGAAUCUCAAGUCAAUUCACUGAGAAAAGACUUAUGUGAAUCUCAGAAAAAUUGUGAAGAACUCAAGGGGAGACUAAGACAUCUAGAAUCUCUUCAAGCGACUUGUUCUAACCGCAUUGGUGGUCUUUGUUUAAAAUGUUCUCAACAUGAAGCUGUUCUCGCUCAAACUCAUACCAAUGCUCAUAUACAGACCAUUGAAAGAUUAACCAAGGAAAGAGAUGAUUUAAUGUCUGCACUAGUUGGACUAAGGAAGACUUUGUCAGAGAUGCAGCAAAUGGAAUCCAGUGCCUAUGAGCAAGUGAAACAGGCUGUGCUGAUGACAGAAGAAGCCAACUUUGAAAAAACCAAGAGUUUAAUUCAGUGUGAGCAGUUAAAGACCGAGCUGGAGAGACAGAAGAGUCGAUUUGAAAAAGAACUUGAAGUCCAGCAAGAGAAACGAUUCAGUGAAAAGGAAACCUUGAGGCAAGAGAUGAAAAAGGAACGGGAAGAUCUGGGAGCAACGAUGAUUGCAUUAUCUCAGAAUAUGGCCCAACUAGAAACUCAGAUGGAGAAAGUUACAAGGGAGAAACUCUCAAUAGCUAGUCAAUUAGAAGCUGCUCAAAAACAACUUGCAUCUCAUGAUGUGGACCUCACAGAGGUGUGUGGAGAAAUGCGCUAUCAGUUGAAUCAAACCAAAAUGAAGAAGGAUGAGGCAGAAAAGGAGCACAGAGAAUACAGAACAAAAACUCUAAGGGAGCUUGAAUUUAAAGACCAGGAAAUAGAGAAACUGAAAUUAGAACUGAAUGAAAGCAAGCAGCGUAUGGAACAAGCACAGCAGGAUGGAGCCAGAGCCAGAGAUGAGUGCAUAAAACUGACAGAACUGCUGGGCCAAACUGAGCACCAACUGCACCUCACCAGGCUGGAAAAAGGAAGCAUUCAGCAGAGCUUUAGCAGUAACGCAAAGGCCCAAGCCCUUCAGGCCCAGCAAAGAGAGCAGGAGCUGACACAGAAGAUGCAGCAAAUGGAAGCCCAGCAUGAUAAAGCUGAAAAUGAACGAUUUUCAUUGCUGAGCUCCCAGAAUGCAUUUAUGGCCAAGUUGAAAGAAGAAUGCUGUAUGUUAGCCGAGAAAUUGGAAGAAAUUACGGACAAAAGCAGGUGUGAAGUUUCCAAGCUCAAUCAGGAAAACAAAUACAUGACGGACCGACUGGAAAAGCUGCAGACCCGAAAUAAAGAAUUGGAAGAUCAGUGUGUCCAACAUGGGAAAAUGCACGAAAGAAUGAAGCUAAGAUUAAACCAGCUGGACCGGCACUGUGAAACCACUGCCCAGCAACUGGUGCUGCUUCUCAAGAAGCAGAACGAGCUUUUCAAGGAGCGGCAGAACCUGGCGGAGGAAGUUCAGAACCUGAAAUCCCAGGUACUCAGUCAAAAGCCCAGAAGCAUCAGGGAAGAAAACCUGCAGAAUGCGAGGGCCAAGGAAGAGGCCAAAGUUGCGCACGCGCGGGGGCGGGGCUCUUCUCCUCCUCCCUGCCAAGCCCCUCCCCUCCUUCCCAUGUUCCCCGGGAGCUCUGUACCCCCCACCCCUGCCUUAAAAACUAAGCACAGAGCCAAGCCUCCAGGAAUCCUACGGUGUCACCCCGGGCCCAGCACGGCAGCAGGCACCGCGAGAAACAUCUGAGGUGGUGUCAGACCGUAACAGUCCCUAACCCUCAGGGAGUUUACAGUCUAGUACUGCUGCAUUGAUGUUAACAUGAAUAAACUCGUCUCUAGCAAUAAGAUUUACAAAGCACUUUCCUUUGAGUUGCUCCGCGCCACAAUCUAAUUGCAGACCUGGGUGAAACACAGAAAUAAACCGUUGACAAAGAAAGAGAUGCCUCCAUUCACCCGUUUUGUGUCUUAACACGCCAGCUUGCGUGGGGACAGGCUCCCGUGGAACUGGGGUCGUGCCACUCUCCUGGAGUGCCCUGCGGGGACCUGGGCUGGAACGGCUCUCUGGCUGCCCGGCAGCUUUCAGCCCUGGUUGGAAGCUGCUUUUGUAAUGAUCACUUGUAUACUUUUUAUGAUGUGUGUAAAAUUAAAUAAAAUUGACCAUUUUUUA